AUGCUAUUCGGACGACCAGAGCAAAUAAUACAUUCCUUGAUUCAAAGGGCCAAAAACGUUACACCUCCAAAGGCUGAAAAGCUGGAAUCGUUAAUCGAAUAUGCCCUAGCAAUCAAAAAUGUCUGUGCUACCAUGGAAGCAACGAACCUGAAUGCCCACCUGAACAACCCGAUGCUGUUAAAUGAAUUCAUCCAUAAGCUUCCACCGCAUCUUUUGUUGAAUUGGGCCAUAUUUGCAAAAAACCUGCAACCAGCUACACUUCUGGUGUUUUGUGAAUGGCUGUAUGACAUUGCUGAGGCUGCAUGCUCUGUCACGACAUUGGGUGUAACAUCUUUACCAUCUGAAAAAAAGCCACCUACCAUUGAAAGACGUCCGGAGAAUAAACAACGUGCAUAUUUACACACACAAACCGCUGAUGUAAACGACGAACUGAUGUGUGAACGACAAGAAGCCGCACCUCGUGUUAUGAACGAAUGUGUCGUGUGUGGAGCUAACCAUCUCAUUGUGAAUUGUGACACGUUCAAAAGUUUUCAGCUGUCUGACAGAUGGGAUGUAUUACGCCGUUAUAAUCUGUGUCGCCACUGUUUGGGGAAACAUCCGUAUUCCAGCUGCAGAGUUUCAUCAAAGGUAUGUGGUAUUAAUGAUUGUGUGGCUAAACACCAUGCACUUCUCCACAAUAGUGCCAGAAACAAUGCAGUUGCACUCACACACCACCAAUCUGCAAAAAUAAACUCGCAGCCUAAAAGGGUGCUCUUUCGCAUUUUGCCUGUGAAGAUAUAUGGACCUAAUAAAGCGGUGUCUACUUUCGCUUUCUUGGAUGGCGGUUCGUCCAUUACGCUGUUGGACGAAAGUUUGGCAAAUGAGUUAGAGUUGCCAGGGAAAACCGAACAGCUUUGUCUGCGUUGGACUUCGGACACCACUCGAGUUGAAAACAAUUCUCGAAUCGUAUCGUUGAAAGUAUCUGGAACAUCUGAUGGCUGCCACCAGCAUCAACUCGACAAUGUGCGAACAGUGCGAAACCUGGGACUUCCGACACAGACAUGCUCACCUUGUGUUCUGUCUAAAGAAUAUCCAUACCUCGCAUCACUGCCGCUUCCCUCGUAUCAUCAAGCUCGGCCACAAAUACUAAUCGGCAUGGAUAACUGGUCCUUGGGCGUUCCAAUGAAGGUGCAUGAGGGCAGCGCUGGUCAACCAAUUGCGACAAAAACCAGAUUGGGCUGGUCUGUUCACGGACCUGAUGGACAUAAUCAAAAUCCAGGUAAAAAUGUAAUUUCUAAUAUUCAUUUGCAGGAACAAAGCGCCGACAAUGAACUUCACCAACUUGUGAAAAAUUAUUUUUCUCUCGAGAAUGUUGGCGUGAAAGUUCCUGAACAUCAAAUCGUGUCUGCUGAAGAAAAAAGAGCGAUUAAUAUUCUGAAAAAUACCUGCCUACACAAAGAAGAUGAUUUUGAAGCAGGAUUAUUAUGGAAAUUCGAUGACGUCUCUCUCCCAAACAGCCUGCCAAUGGCACAACGUCGACUUCACCUAUUACGUAAGCGUAUAGAGAAAAAUGAAGAACUCCGAGACCAGCUGAACCAGCAAAUAACAAAUUUGGUGUCAAAGGGUUACGCAAAGAAGCUGUCUACAGAAGAGCUUAACAUUAUCCACGAGCGUGUAUGGUACCUUCCAAUAUUUAUCAUACAGAAUCCAAACAAACCAUCGAAGGUCAGGCUUGUUUGGGACGCAGCUUCGAAAUGCCAAGGUUAUUCUUUAAACGACUUUCUCUUAAAAGGCCCCGAUCAGCUGAUUCCAUUAACAACUAUUCUUUUUGGUUUUCGUGUCGGCAAGUUUGGCGUCUGUGGUGACAUUGCCGAAAUGUUCCAUCAGGUGCGAAUAAGGGAGGCGGACAAACAUGUCCAGCGUUUCCUGUGGUAUGACUCUAACGACUCAGAGAACCCCAGAACGUUUGGCGCUGCAUGUUCUCCCUGCAUAGCGCACUUUGUCAAGAACCAAAACGCAUUGAACUUCGCUAGUACGAAUCCCAGAAUUGUGGAAGCAAUACUCGAACACCACUACGUCGACGAUUUUAUCGACAGCGUCAAUACUGAACAAGAGGCUUUACAGCUUGCCAAGGAUGUCAGACUGAUUCAUUCAAGGGCAGGAUUCCACAUCCGAAACUGGAUGUCCAAUUCCAGUAUGGUUCGAAAUACACUAAGUGAAAUUGAUGAACGUUUACCCAAUAAGCGAAUGUUUGGGGCAAAGGACGAAGUGGUAGCGGAAAAGGUACUGGGACUUUACUGGUGUACAUCAACGGAUAACUUCACAUUUGUGCUAAAAUUCAGUCGGCUCAAACGUAAUGUGCUCUCUGGGCAUAUACCACCUACCAAACGAGAGGUACUUCGAAUUCUGAUGUCCAUAUUUGAUCCCUUGGGAUUCCUGUCCCACUUUGUCGUUUGCAUAAAAAUUCUCUUGCAACAAAUUUGGAGAGCGGGCAUCGACUGGGAUGAGGAGCUGCCUGAAAAUAUGAGAGAAAGAUGGUUCCAAUGGACGGAGUUGCUGCCGAAAGUUGCUGACGUAAGAGUUCCAAGAUGUUACUCCUUACUUCUUUCUGAACCAGGUGUAAAUAUUCAGCUACACACCUUUACUGACGCCAGUGAAAACGCAUAUGCUGCCGUAUCGUACUUCCGAGUUCAAUGGCAAAACAACAUUGAUGUCACUAUCGUAUCUGCAAAGGCAAAGGUUGCUCCCCAGCGACCUAUAUCUGUUCCACGACUGGAACUGCAAGCAGCGGUUUUGGGUGCUCGCUUGGCAAAAUAUAUCUCUACAUCACACAAGUUCCAGAUAAGUCAACAAUUCUUUUGGACUGACUCCAAAACGGUCCUUUCAUGGUUGCGUGGGGAUCCUCGCAAUUAUCAACAAUUCGUGAUGUUUCGUAUUGCCGAGAUACUGGAUACUUCCGAAGCAGCGGAAUGGCGAUGGCUUCCUUCAAAACUGAACAUCGCUGACAAAGCUACCAAAAAUAAGUCAGCACCAGAAUUCAACAAUGAAAGUGAAUGGUUUGGCGGGCCAAUAUUCCUAAGAGAACCACAUCCAAAUUGGCCACACACUCCAGCGAUCGAUAAUACGACUGAAGAAGUUCGGCCCUUUGUACUUCAUGUGUCUAAAGCUCCUAACUGCAAUUUAGUCGAUACCUGCCGUUUUAGCCGAUGGUCAGGUAUGUAUCGUUCCAUAGCUUACUCGAUUCUUUAUAUAAAAAUUUUAAGUUUCAAGGUAAAACACAAACAACCGUUUCCUCAUAUUGGUCUCACUUCCGAGAUCAUUCAACAAGCGCAAUCAACACUGUAUCGACAAGCUCAAGCCACGUCCUAUACAGAAGAAAUUUCGAUUCUGAAAAAAAGUACUUCAAGCAAGAAUUAUCCAUUACCAAGAAGUAGUCAGCUCUUUAAACUUACACCAUUUUUGGACGAAGAUGGCGUCCUCAGAAUGCGGGGUCGCAUUGCUUUGGCUAAUUGUGUCGGUCAAGAUUGUAAAACUCCAAUAAUUCUUCCCAGGUCCCACCGAAUCACUUUCCUUGUGGUUGAUGCCUAUCAUCGCAGAUUUCAUCACUGCAACCACGAAACCGUGCUUAACGAAAUCAAGCAAAAGUUUCAUAUCUCCGGCUUAAGGGUUCUCUUGAAGCUCGUCCGUAAAAAUUGCCAACUUUGUAAGAUCCUGAACGCCCGACCUGUCGCUCCACUGAUGGCAAAUCUUCCAAUGGCACGGAUGAGUGCUUUCUGUCGGCCAUUUACAUUCGUUGGCGUGGAUUAUUUCGGCCCAAUCCUAGUAACUGUUGGCCGACGAAACGAGAAGAGAUGGGGAGCUAUAUUCACAUGCCUAACAAUUCGAGCGGUCCACAUUGAGCUGGCUCAUACACGAAGAGGAUCACCACUUAAAAUCUUCUGCGACAACGGUACCAACUUUCGGGGUGCGGAGAGAGAGUUGAAAGAAGAGCUCCAACGUUUGGACCUGGGACGAGUUGCUUGUGAGUUUACAACAGCUAAUACGGAAUGGAGAUUCAACCCACCAGCUGCUCCACACAUGGGUGGAGCUUGGGAGAGGCUUGUACGCUCGAUAAAAGACGUUCUGUAUCGAAUUCUUCCAAGCCACAAAGUUGGAGAUGAGAGCUUACGAUGCGCUCUUGCUGAGGUGGAAUCGACAUUAAAUACACGGCCUCUCACUCAUAUAUCACUGGAUGCAUCUGAUGACGAGGCACUCACACCGAACCACUUCCUACUCGGUUCGUCCAAUGGAUCAAAACCACCAUGUGAUCCUAGUGUCAUCGCAUCAAGACAAAAUUGGAAGCUCUCUCAAAUAAUAGCCAACCAGUUCUGGGAGAAAUGGAUAAAGGCGUACUUACCGGAUCUCAACAAACGAGGAAAGUGGUUCGACAGAGUGAAACCCAUCGAAAGAGGAGACCUGGUUAUAAUUGUUGAUGAGCAACUGCCAAGGAACUGCUGGCCCAAGGGAAUCGUUAUUGAAACAGUGGUCGCUAAGGACAAUCAAGUAAGACGAGCUACAGUACAAACAUCCCGCGGAAUUUUUGGAACGUCCCGCUGCAAAGCUGGCUAUCUUAGACGUACAAAGAGUAAUCGAGAAGACUCCCGUGAAGACAUCAUCCUCAUCAAUUACUGGGGGGAGGAAAAGGACUUUUUAGCUGGGAGAGAAUUGAUGGGCUAUUGCCCGCCCACCACCCCACAAUAA